AAAGAGUCUGCAAAUGUAGCUUGGUCGGGAAAUGGCUGGUCAAAAAAAAAUUUGGGGAGAAAAUCGGCGGGUCCGCCUUUCAGACCGCCUUUGGCAUUGGGCGAUAACGUCCAGACAAUCUACAAGACAACAGACAACCUUCAAUUACCAUUGACGACUAACGACUUGACGAUUAUUGUACAUAUUGAGAAUUUGCCAAAAAUGUACUCCCAACGCCCACUAUCUUAUGCGCCAACCCCCUACAGCUACACACCUAAUCCCGCCCGGUCGGCCACUAUCAACCUCGAUGAAGAAGUCAAACUAGCAUCCAGCUCAGCCGAACGUGACUUAUACGAAUCACUAGCCGAAAUCUACAGCAUCAUCGUCACCCUCGAUGGACUCGAGAAAGCAUACAUCAAAGAUGUGGUCACCGAGGCAGAAUAUACCGAGACAUGCACACGGUUAUUGAAGCAAUACAAGUCCAGUCUUGGAGACGAGACAGUAUCGCGGGAGUUCGUGGACCUAGAAACCUUCAAACGGACGUGGGGUUUAGAAUGCCCACGAGCCACAGAGCGAUUGCGCAUUGGUCUCCCGGCCACAGUCGAGCAAGCUUCUCACGGCGCACCGACAUCUAGUAUGGGCGCAGCAACGGUGGGACCGGCUGGUGGUGCCUCGGGUAGUCUUAUUCUGGCUGCAACUGAGAACUUCAUCACCUUCCUCGAUGCGUUGAAACUCAACAUGGUAUCCAAGGAUGCACUGCAUCCACUGUUAUCAGAGGUGAUUCAGUCUGUGAACAAGGUAACAGAUACCGAUUUUGAAGACCGCGGCAAGAUCAUUCAGUGGUUGAUCGCAUUGAAUCAAAUGCGAGCUACUGAGGAAUUGAGCGAAGACCAAGCGCGUGAACUUGCAUUCGAUAUCGAACAAGCUUAUCAGGGCUUCAAAGCGACGUUGAACUGA